GGGGCCUAGUUGGAGCACGUCACUGCUGCCAAAGCCGUGUGUGCCGCUGCAGCUUUUGUUUGGUGCGCCCUCAGUGCUCGCCGCCGACCACUAGCUAGCUACGUAGUCUAGUUCAUAUUGGCUGUUGUUGCAAAAGAUGGAGCUCUCGGCGGUCGGAGACCGCGUAUUCGCUGCAGAAUCCAUCCUCAAACGCCGCAUUCGCAAGGGUCGCAUUGAAUAUCUUGUUAAAUGGAAAGGAUGGGCUAUCAAGUACAGUACGUGGGAGCCAGAGGAGAAUAUUUUGGACGAUCGACUGAUAAUAGGAUUUGAACAGAAAGAGAGAGAGCGGGAGCGUUACGGGCCGAAGAAAAGAGGACCUAAACCCAAAAAUUUCCUUCUCAAGGCUCGAGCACAGGCUGCAGAGGCAUCGGCGCAAGGCCCAGACACCCGCUCCUAUCACCCUCCGCGUGGCGCCUCCAGGCCCUCCCCUUCCACUACUCCCUCCUCCGCCUCCUCCCCACCUGCCCUCCCCAAACUGCAGGCCAGAGCCACGUCCCACAAGCUGAAGAAGGACAUCCGCCGCUGUCACCGCAUGUCCCGGCGGCCCUUGCCCCGUCCCCACCCCCUGUCCUCAGCUCCCGGCUCCGUCUCGUCCCGCCCCCCCAUCUCUCCCUUCUCGGAAACCGUGACCAUCCUGAACCGCAGGGUCAAGCCCCGCGAGGUCAAGAGGAGCCGCAUCAUCUUGAACCUGAAGGUCAUUGACAGGGCAGGGAGUGGCAACAGCCGCCCCCACCCAGGGCGCCCCAGCAUUCCCUCUCGAAACCGCAUUGUGGGAAAACGGUUCAGUGAAGUGCCAUACAGAGGCUCUCAGCCUCCUUUGAAUUUUCCUGGGUUCCCUAUGUAUGAGAAACCCUUUGGGAAUCAGCAGAUAGCUUCAAGUGCUGGCCAAGCUCACACUGGGACAGGGUGCCUUACUGAGAAUAGUGAGGAGAGUGGGAAUGGUCUCUCUACUUCUCUCUCCGUUAAUCCUACAGCUGGAAAUGUGGGCAGGAUCACAGGGCAGCCCAUCCCCCAAUACCAGCCACCCCCCUCCCCCUCUAGCUCCAGUGGUUCAGACAGCAGUCCCCCCUCGCCUCCUGAAAUCGAGGCCAAUCCCACACCGUCCCAUGGCCAAGUGGCCUCUACAACCUCUACCUCCCCACCAAAACUGAGCCCCCAAGCGCCAUCUCCACCCAGAAAACCUCUGGAAGGCAAACGGAGUCCUGCGACCAAUCCCACUUCUGCAUCCUUUCUUCCCUCCUCCCCCUCCCUGUCUUCUUCCUCCCCAUCAUCCUCCACUUCCUCUGAGGAAGAAGAGGAGAUUAUGGAUCUGUCAGUACCUCCUGAGGGCAAAAGAAAUCCAAGACGCCGCCAUCACCGUCGUCGCCUUCGCCGAAGCAGUCCCGCUGCUAGUAACAGCAUUACACCCCUGCCCCCCCAGAACCCCACCAGCCCCCCUCUCCUUUCCCCGGAGAAUCCAAGGGCCCCCUCAGAGGGGGACCCUGACUGGCACCCUGAAAUGGCACCCUGUUGCGCCAAUGUUGUUGUGACUGACGUAACCACAAACCUCCUCACCGUCACCAUCAAGGAGUUCUGCCAGCCACCCGAACUGGACAAAUCUGCCCCUCCCAGCCCUUCGUCAUGCUCCAGCGAUCCUCCCGCUGCGUCCGUCCCAUCACCCACCACACUGACCCCCCAGCCCAAACCGUGAACUCUGAGGACACCUGUACCCAAGCCUGAAAAAGUAGCUUGCACUGGUUUGAUCCAGUCCCCCAAAUUACGCACAACUUGGGAAAAGAAGAACUGUAUUUAUUUUUUUUUUCAAGUAUGUAUCGAUACACAGUGAGCUCAUUUACAGAGUGUUUUUCUUUUUAUUUUUUGCUUUAUGUACAGUAAUGCAUGCCGAAUCACAACAGCCCAUAUGCAGAGUUUAAAAUGCACUUACUCGUAUAACAAUGGGUCGCACUUACAUUUGAAGUCACACGCAUGUAGGUGUAUUGUAUGGAUUUACUCAGUCAAUGUGCUCUGUUGGAUUUGCCUUGGCAGUAUGCACACAACUUGCUUCAGAACUAGUACAGAUAGUUUUACACGGUUAUGCAUAAAGGCAAUCCCUUCUGCAUGCACAUACACAGAAAUAUAUAGUUAUAUAUAUUUAUGUGCACGCACAAUAUUUAAGCUGAGACAGGUUUCUUAAGUCAAAGAGGAUUAAGAUAUAACUCUUCUUUUCCUCUUCUCCUCUGUUUCUGAAGUCUGCCAAGACUCUAAACUGAUUCUGUUUGUAUAUAAACUGUGGACUGCAUGUGUAAUAUUCCAUCUGCCAUAUUCGUAGAAAGGUAGUCUGGCUGUCCAAACUUCAUGUCCUCAAAACCCUUGUUGGUUUUUAAGCAGAUCGCACUUGUCUGAGUGUGUAAGUUAUUUCUUAUUCAGAUAGUCCCAUACUAGCACGAGGUGUGCUAGCAUGAGCUGUUGCCUGUUAAAAAGAGAUUGUCAAGAGCGUACAGUAUGACUUCAGUGCUCAAAGGAUGUCCUUGUUUGUGCCACGACAGUGAUUGUAUGAAGAAUUACCAUUUUAAGUCUGUACAGGGUGACAGUCCUGUGUUUUUUUUAACCCUUGACACAUCCCGAUUCUGUAUUGUAUUUGCUGUGUAAUAUGUGGUGCUGUAAUGGAUGUGAAAAUUCAUGGAUAAAAUAAAGACAAGUUUAGA